UUGAUCAUACUCAAAGGCGCCGGUGAAAAAGCUUUCUGUGCUGGUGGAGAUGUCGUCGGUGAAUCAUAUCGUUUCUUGAAUCUAAAGGGUUCAGCUGUGAUAAAAUCGGCUAAAGCAGCGAAAGAAGGCUCCACUUCCUCUAUUCACAGGGAUUUUUUCAAGGAAGAAUAUUUCCUCAAUUAUCUCAUUGGCUGCCUCUCAAUGCCUUUUGUAGCCUUCAUAGAUGGAAUUGUCAUGGGAGGAGGCUGUGGUUUAUCUGUAAAUGGCAAAUUCCGUGUAGGCACUGAACGUACAAUGUUAGCCAUGCCGGAAACAGCUUUGGGUCUUUUUCCGGAUGUUGGAGGAUCCUACUUCCUUUCUAGACUAAAAAAUAAUCUUGGCAACUAUCUUGCGCUAACUGGCUAUCGGCUCCAAGGUGCAGACGCUUUUCAUGCUGGCUUAGCAACACACUAUGUACCCUCUUCAAAACUUGACGAUCUACAAAAGAAACUUGUAUCGUUGGAUACUGUUACGGAUAAGACUGUGGAUGCAGUACUUCAUGACUUUCAACCCUCUACUAUUCCCGAGUUCUCAUUGAAGGAACAUCUGCCAGCUAUAAAUAGAACCUUCAAUGCCAAAUCAGUUGAGGGAAUAAUAGAGAACCUGAAGAAGGAGAACUCCGAGUGGUCUACGCAUCAGAUAGCAACAUUGUUGAAAAUGAGCCCAACCUCUCUUAAGGUCACUUUCAAACAGUUACAGAAUGGAUCAAAGAUGAAGUUCAAUGAAGUGUUCACCAUGGAAUACCGAUUAACCCAACAUUGCCUCGAAGAUCAUGAUUUCUACGAAGGCUGCCGAGCAAUUCUUAUCGACAAGGAUAGAAGGCCUGUAUGGAAGCCUAUUACCCUUGAGCAAGUCACAGAAGAAAAGCUGGCGUGGUACUUCUCACCACUUGGUGAAAAUCGAGACAUAGUUGUCGAUGGCCUCAAUCCAAAACUCUGAGA